GAGGAGAACAUCUGCACUUUUGUCAAGAAUGAACUGAAGAAGUUCCACCAGGUUCUGAGUACAGAUUACCCAGAAUGCUUAGAGAGUCUGAGUGAUGAGGAUGAAGAACAGAGGAGGAGCUCAGAGGCUUUUCUGAAGAUCACACUGAACUUCCUGAGCAGGAUGAAGCAGGAGGAGCUGGCUGAGCGUCUGCACCGCAGAAGUCAGUCUGGAGUUCAGUGGCUACUGAAACAUAACCUGAAGCAGAAGUUUGAGUGUAUGUCUGAGGGCAUCGCUAAAGCAGGAAACCCCAAAACCCUCCUGAACCAGAUCUACACAGAGCUCUACAUCACAGAGGGAGGGACUACAGAGGUCAACCAGGACCAUGAGGUCAGACAGAUUGAAACAGCAUCCAGGAACCCACACAGACCACCAACAACCAUCACAUGUGAAGACAUCUUUAGAACACCACCUGACAGAGAUCAACCAAUCAGAACAGUGCUGACAAAGGGCGUGGCCGGUAUCGGGAAAACAGUCUUAACACAGAAGUUCAGUCUGGACUGGGCUGAAGACAAAGCCAACCAGGACAUCCACUUCAUAUUUCCAUUCACCUUCAGAGAGCUGAAUGUGCUGAAACAGAAGAAGUUCAGCUUGGUGGAACUGGUUCAUCACUUCUUCACUGAAACCAAAGAAGCAGGAAUCUGGAUCUUUGAAGACCUCCAGGUGGUGUUCAUCUUAGAUGGUCUGGAUGAGUGUCGACCUCCUCUGGACUUCAAGAACACUCAGAUCCUGACUGAUGUUACAGAGUCCACCUCAGUGGAUGUGCUGCUGAUGAACCUCAUCAGGGGGAACCUGCUUCCCUCUGCUCGCCUCUGGAUAACCACACGACCUGCAGCAGCCAGUCAGAUCCCUGCUCAGUGUGUUGACAUGGUGACAGAGGUCAGAGGGUUCACUGACCCACAGAAGGAGGAGUACUUCAGGAAGAGGUUCACAGAUGAAGAACAGACCAACACAAUCAUCUCCCACAUCAAGACGUCACGAAGCGUCCACAUCAUGUGUCACAUCCCAGUCUUCUGCUGGAUCACUGCUACAGUUCUGGAGGACGUGUUGAAGACCACAGACAGAAGACAACUGCCCAAGACCCUGACUCAGAUGUACAUCCACUUCCUGGUUGUUCAGGCCAAACUGAAGAACAUCAAGUAUGAUGGAAGAUCUGAGACAGAUUCACCCUGGAGUCCAGAGACCAGGAAGAUGAUUGAGUCUCUGGGAAAACUGGCCUUUGAGCAGCUGAAGAAAGGAAACCUGAUCUUCUAUGAAUCAGACCUAACAGAGUGUGGCAUCGAUAUCAGAUCAGCCUCAGUGUACUCAGGAGUGUUCACAGAGGUCUUCAAAGAGGAGAGAGGACUGUACCAGGACCAGAGGUUCUGCUUCAUCCAUCUGAGUGUCCAGGAGUUUCUGGCUGCUCUUCAUGUCCAUCAGAUCUUCAUCGACACUGGAGUCAAUCUGCUGUCAGAAGAACAAACCACAUCCCAGAGGUCUGGAUCUGCACAGACACAGUUCUACCAGACCGCUGUGGACCAGGCCUUACAGAGUCCAAAUGGACACCUGGACCUGUUCCUGCGCUUCCUCCUGGGUCUAUCACUGCCGACCAAUCACAGACUCCUACAAGGUCUAAUGAAACAGACAGGAAGUAGCUCAGAGACCAAUCAGGAGACAGCUGAGUACAUCAAGAAGAAGCUCGAUGAUAAACUGUCUGUAGAGAAAAGCAUCAACCUGUUCCACUGUCUGAAUGAACUGGAGGAUGGAUCUCUGGUGGAUCAGAUCCAACAGUACCUGAGAUAUGGAAGUUGCUACACAAAUGUUCCAUCUCCUGCUCAGUGGUCAGCUGUGGUCUUCAUGUUACUUUCAUCAGAUAAAGAUCUGGAUGAGUUUGACCUGAACAAAUACUUUCCUACAGAGAAGGCUCUUCUGAAUUUGCUGCCAGUCGUCAAAGCCUCCAACAAAGCUGUGUUGAGUAUCUGUAACCUGUCAGAGAGAAGCUGUGAAGGUCUGUCCUCAGUUCUCAGAUCUCAGUAUUCUAGUCUGACUCAUCUGGACCUUGACAACAUGGACCUGAAGGAUUCAGGACUGAAGAUCCUGUCAGAUGGACUAAGGAGUCCAGACUGUAAACUGAAGACUCUCAGACUGUCAGGAUGUCUGAUCACAGAGGAAGGAUGUUCUUCUCUGGUCUCAGCCCUAAAGUCCAAUCCGUCCCAUCUCAGACUGCUAGACCUGAGCUACAACCAUCCAGGAGCCUCAGGACAGGAGCUGUCUGCUCUAGUGGAGGAUCCACACUGGACACUGGACACUGUCAGGUUGGAGCCCAGUGGAGUCCGAUGGUUGAAACCAGGUCUGAGGAAGUGUAAGUGGAUUUACAUUGGAUUACAAAUGAAACCCAACCUGAACAUACAGUGAGAGCUGGUACCACAUUAGAAAACACAUCAACUGUCAGUGAAGACAGUGGGUGAGCUGACAGCUGAUUGGUCAGGACACGGAUCACAUGACACAAAUACCCUGAGGGACGAGUCCUCAGAACCUCAGACCAUUGGCCAAUCACACCUCCUCUGUCUUUAUGGAUCAUUGUAGUGCCGUUCUUGUGCCGCUGGCUGAUAAAGGUGGAAGACGAACAAACAAAGUCAAAAACACAGCUGAGUCGAUCAGGAGGAAAGUUUGUCACAGUAAGAAGUUCAACCAAAACAUCAAAUCACAUCCAUAAAUAUUUAUUAUCCAUUAGAUAAAGGCUGUAAUAUUAUGGAUUUUAUGGACAAUUAGGAAAAAGGGAAAGAGGAAAUUAAAAAAUCUGUGUAAAGGUCAUCACUAAUACAGUUUGUUUUUGAUCAGAAGGUUUUUGACAGUGAACUUGGAGACGCAGACUGAACAGAACCAUUGGAAUGAAAUGUCAGUAAA